UUUGAAAUUUAAAAUUUUUAUAUUAUGACAAAAACAGAAAUAUUCUAUUUCAACUAAAUUUCAAGUAAAACUUUCAAAAUUUUUCGCUCAAUUUUCGGCAUGUCAAAAAAAAAUUCGCAGUACAAAACAAAUUUGAGAAAUGAUAUUAUAGUAAACCAUAAACCACGUUGGAAGCAAUGGGUCGACGCAAAUGCCAAGCCGAAAGUCUUGACAAUUCAUAAGGCUUCUCCAAUGCCAACACGAUUUCGUAAACCUGGUCCUAUGAGGGAAGAAGAUUGGGAAAGAUUUCACAAAUGGAUAAAUCAAUCAAUGACCAAAAAGUGUUUGCCAAAUGACCAAGCUACAAAAUCAAGAAAAAAACGAUCCCAAAGAAAACCACUCCAAGAACGUUUAAAUGAACUUGCACUUCCAAAGAAUAAAUGUGAAAAAUAUAAUUCAUCAUCACCUCAUGUUUAUACUUUUAAACCCAUCACAAAUAGCUCAAGGAAAACAGUAAUUCACUCUUCCAAAUGUGUAAGAGUACCAAAAUGGUGGAAUCACGAAGAAUCAGAAAUGAGUUUUUGGCGUGAUAUGAGAUUUCCUAUUAGUUAUAGAGCUUUUCAAUAUCAAAUUUCAAAUCGCAUUGAAGACUUGGCAAAACCUAAGAAAUUUCCAAUUAAACCACAUUGUCCUGUACCAGAACCACCAGUUUUUGAACCAAUUGAACGAGUUCAGAUGACAAAGCAACAGUGGAAGGAACAUUUAAGACGAUUGGAAUAUUUGAGUGAUUCGAAUUUCAAGACUACUAGAGUUGAGAAAGUUUUAGAAAAAAUGAAACCGGAGAUCAACAAUAAAGUAAAACUAGCGUCAUCGUAUGGCUUGAGAGUGCAUUCGUAUGCAAAGGACUUGGAUGAAGUUUAAAGCUAAUGCCACUUUACACGAUAAACAAUUUGCCACUGUUUUUGACAUUUUUUUAACAAUUUUUUUUAUUUCAAAUAUUUUGACAAAAUAUGUGGCAAGUUGUCACUCGUAAAUGAGGCAAAAGUCAAAAAUGCAAUUCAACAAACAUUGAUAACUUAAGUAAAAAAAUAAAUUAUUGUAUUAUACAUUGAA